GUGGGAGCAGCACACGUGGCGAGUGUGCGUACGGCGCGCAUGCUUGCGUGUGCAUCUUCCCUUCCGUUUCUGGCGCGAAUUGUUUCCUCUGGCGCGCUAGUUGAAUCGAAUUGAAUUGAAUUGAGAACUGAAUUCACUUGCAAUGGCCCCGCCAAAAGCUAGUUCGAAAGUGGGGAUCGGGUCUGAUCCUCGAAUGCCAAGCGCGGCAAAGAAGUACGUCCCUACCAUAACUAGCCCCGACGAGGUUCCUCCAGAUUACCUUAGUCUAUUUGCCAUUAUGGCGGGAAUACUCGGGGUCCUCCUCAAAUAUAAGCUCGGGUCAUGGAUUGCUCUCCUCGCUUGUGCUGCAAGUCUGGCCAACAUGAAAAAUAUGGAGAAUGAUCUAAAGCAGGUUGUGUGCGCUGCGACCUUCGCUGUCAUGGGUCUUGUGACUAACUAUUUCACCGCAAGGCCGGAGAUGCGCUAAGGGCGGGAAGAGCGUCGGCCGAGCGUAGGUGGAGUCCGUGGUGAAAAGCGGCGGCCGGGAAACCCUCUGCUGCCCCUCGGGUGGAAGCCUUCAGUGCAAGGCCGAUGGAGGAGGAAGUAGAGCUGCCAUGGAGGUUCGGGUGGGUUGUAAACCCAGCGCUUGCGUGGGCGUUUGGAGGUUCGGUUCA